AUGGCCCACCGCAUAAUAACACAAGUCGUCUUCUCCGGCGCUCGAAUAAUAGGUCGCGCCGUCUCCGAAUCGUACCGUCAAGCCGCCGCGUCGCAGAAAUAUGCAGCCGCCAGCCAAGGUGGUGGAGGCAGCGGUGGCGCCUUCUCGUCUUCGAACAUCACCAUGGACGAAGCCUGCCAAAUCCUGAACGUGGGUCCCGGAAAGAUGGGAAACAUUGAAAUAGAGGCUGUCACGGAGCGAUUCAAGAGGCUGUUCGAUCUAAACGAUCCGAAGAAGGGCGGAAGUUUCUAUCUGCAAAGCAAAAUAUUGAGGGCACGAGAGAGGAUAGAGAGAGAGGUGCAGGGACAUCAACGGGUGGCGGAGCGCGAAAAGGAAUUAAGGGAAGGGUUCAAGCCUAAGUUUACGAAAGAAGAUUGA